CUAUGAUUUGAGCAAUUCUCGGUACUCCUGGCUGUCAUUUUAUAGGUUAAGUUCGGUUAAAUUGUUAGGACACGUGCUUGGGUGUGGAGGACGGCGAAUGGGAAUAAUUAUUUAAUAGACUACAGAUUCCAGAAAGCAACAUGGAGUACAUGGAGAAAAUCGAAAACCCCGCACACACGGUUGCUAAAAUAUUGUGCUGCGAAUGCGGUACUCCGAUCGAGCCGAAUCCUGCUAAUAUGUGCGUGGGGUGUUUACGAGUUCAUGUGGAUAUUACGGAAGGGAUUCCAAAGCAAGCGACGUUGAUCUUCUGUAAAGGAUGCGAAAGGUAUCUUCAACCUCCGAUGGAAUGGGUUCACGCACCUUUGGAAUCCCGAGAACUUUUGUCGUUGUGUUUGAAAAAAUUGAAAGGUUUGAAUCGAGUGAAACUUAUCGAUGCAGGAUUUAUCUGGACGGAACCUCAUUCGAAAAGACUUAAGGUGAAACUGACGGUGCAUGGCGAAGUUCUUGGAGGAGCAGUUUUACAACAAGUAUUUGUUGUGGAGUAUAUCGUUAAUAAUCAAAUGUGUGACACUUGCCAUCGUUCCGAAGCCCAAGAUUUCUGGCGUGCAUCGGUACAAGUUCGACAGAAGGCUAUAAAUAAGAAAACUUUCUAUUACUUGGAGCAGUUGAUUUUGAAACAUAAAGCUCAUGAACAGACUUUGGGUAUCAAGCCUAUACAUGAGGGCAUUGACUUCUUCUACGCUAAUGAAGCAGCGGCUAGAAAAAUGGUUGACUUUUUAGUAGCUGUUCUACCUUGCCGCUAUCAACAUGCAAAAAAGCUAAUUUCGCAUGAUAUUCAUAGUAACAUCUACAACUAUAAAUUUACAUAUAGUGUAGAACUUGUGCCAGUAUCCAAGGACAGUGUGAUUUGCCUUCCAAAAAAAUUAACUCAACAAUUGGGUGGAAUAAAUCCUGUCUGUCUUAUGUAUAAGGUUACAAAUUCCUUGCACCUAAUAGACGUGGCGACUGGACAAAUUGCUGAAGUCAGUUCUACGGUUUACUGGAGAUAUCCUUUCAAUUGUAUCUGUAACCCGAAACAGCUAAUAGAGUAUGUAGUUAUGGAUAUUGAACCGAUUUCUGACAAAGACAAGAAAGUAUUUCCAGGUCAAGGAGCAAUUUCUCAUAAGCACAUUAUAUCAGACGUUUGGUUGGUCAAAGCUAGUGAACUAGGAGUUAACGAGAACAUGAUACAUGCAAGGACACAUCUGGGACAUGUCUUAAAGCCUGGUGACUCCGCUCUUGGAUAUGCUAUCAGUGACACUAACAUCAACGAUCCGUAUUUUGAUAAAUUAGACAAAGAUUCUACUCCUGACGUUAUCCUGGUGAAAAAGUUUUAUGGACAUGAUAAGUCUGCUCGUCGCAGAGCUAGAAUGUGGAAGUUGAAGCGAUUGGCUGGAGAAAUGAUUAGCGUCAGCACUGAAAACAACGAGUAUAACGAAUUCCUGGACGAACUGGAAGAAGAUGCAGAGCUCCGACAGAAUGUAAACAUUUUUAAAGAUUCAUCCAAACAGAUCCCCAUUGACACGAACGAGCUGGACCCAACUAUCCCACAAAUUACUCUCGCAGAGAUGCUGGAUGAUCUUGUAAUUGAAGACUCGGAUAUGUACGAAAUUUUCGACUAAGAAAUAAAAGAGAAGUGAACUUGGUCAAUGGCAUUGCCCUGAACUUCUGUAACGGUUUACGGAAA